AUGGUGAUUCCCAUUCAGUCGCGUCUUUGCGAUAGGGCCCUGACCAAAGCGAGCGUGCUCGCCCCUAUGGCCAACUAUGAACACGCCGAGCUGAGCUUCAGCUGGGGUGGCAGCUCUUUUGAAUGCUCGCCGCUCUCGACUCCCUCCGCUCCUCCGCCUACUCCCACCGACUCCUUGACCGAUAUCACUCCUCGCAAGUCCUCUUUCUCCAGCGAAUAUGGCAUGGGCGCCGCCUGCGCCUUUCCUUCCUGGCCCAACCGCGAUUCGCUCUCCAACGCCGACGCCAGCGACGCCUACGUGAACAACGCCUACCUCACUGACGAGGACUUGUUGUGGAUGCCCGAGAACAAGGCCGCCGAGAUGGCGAUCGAGGAGCCGGCGCCCAAGGACGAGCGGACUGCCCUCUUCUGCUCCAUGGACAUGGAGCAACAGCUCAAGCUGAUCCGCGCCGCCGCCGAGGAGGACGACCGCGCGCGAUUCAUGGCCAAGGUGGAGGCCCAUGCCCGAGCCACCCAAGCCGUGCGACAAGCAAAGAUGACCCGCGUCCCCGAGCCGGAAUCGAAGCGCAGGAAGCGUCGCCCCGUUCUGACCCCCAAGCGCCGCGCCCACUCGUCAUCGGCCAAGGUGGUGACCAGCACCUGA